AACGUCUGCGCAAGCGCAGCCGGCGCUCUGGAGUCCAGGAAGGGAGACGGUGUUGUUACCAUUGCUGCUUCCCCCUCUUCUCUCUCGGCCCCGGCAGGAGCUCCAUGGCCAUGAACUACAACGCGAAGGAGGAGGUGGACGGGCACCAGGUGGUGGCUGGGAGCAGCAGCAGCAUGCCCGGCGGGCGAGGUGGCGUGUCUGGGGGCGGCAACGCGGUCGGGGGCGCCCUCAAGAGCCGCAAGCCCGACAACACGGCCUUUAAGCAGCAGCGCCUGCCGGCCUGGCAGCCCAUCCUCACCGCCGGCACCGUCCUGCCCGCCUUCUUCGUCAUCGGCCUCAUCUUCAUCCCGAUCGGCAUCGGCAUCUUCGUCACUUCCAACAAUAUCCGAGAAUACGAGAUUGAUUAUACAGGAACAGAGCCAGGAAGUCCUUGCAAUAAAUGCUUAAAUGUAUCCUGGAACAGCACUCCUUGUUAUUGCACCAUUAACUUCACACUGGAUCAACCUUUUGAGAGCAACGUGUUUAUGUAUUAUGGACUAUCAAACUUUUAUCAGAAUCAUCGCCGCUACGUGAAGUCUCGGGAUGAUAGCCAGCUGAAUGGCAAUAAUAAUUCUUUAUUUAACCCUAGUAAAGAAUGUGAGCCUUACCGCACCAGUGACGACCAUAAGCCCAUUGCUCCUUGUGGAGCUAUUGCCAACAGCAUGUUCAAUGAUACAUUAACAUUGAAUAGUAUUGAUGAAAAUGGAACACAUCCUAUUAAGUUGAAUAACAAGGGUAUCGCUUGGUGGACUGACAAAUACGUAAAGUUUAGGAACCCUGUUGGAGAUACUAAUAACUUGACAGUACUUUUUCAUGGCACAGCACAGCCUAUCAACUGGCGCAGACCAGUGUAUAGGUUGGAUGCAGACAAUGCAAACAAUGGGUUCAUCAAUGAAGACUUCAUUGUGUGGAUGCGUACUGCAGCAUUACCUACAUUUCGCAAGCUGUAUCGUAUCAUAGAGAGGAAUGAAAGCAUGCUUCCUACUCUACCUGCUGGAAAGUACUCCUUAGUUAUAACAUACAAUUUCCCCGUGCAUAGCUUUGACGGACGGAAGCGGAUGAUCUUGAGCACCAUUUCAUGGAUGGGCGGCAAGAAUCCAUUUCUGGGAAUUGCCUAUAUAACUGUUGGCUCUGUUUGCUUUUUUCUUGGAGUAGUGCUGCUAAUCAUUCAUCACAAAUAUGGAAAUCGGAACAAUAGUGCAGAUAUUCCAAAUUAAUCCCCCCCCUUCCAAAUCACUUGUACUGCAUGUGCAUCAAGGCCAGUCCAGAGUGGAUAUAGCUUUUGAAAGCUUUAUCCCUGGUUAAAUGUUGCUUCUGACAGAGAAUACAUAAGUAUUUCUUAAGCCUUUGUUUCCCUUACAGUGGAUUAACUUGACGAUAACGGGUAUAUAGUUAGCUGUAGAAAACUGCGCUGAUUACAGAGGAUUGUGGAAGUUUGCCUCUUGCUGGACAGGUGCCAUGAUGCAUAUAUAGUCAGUCUUCUUGUGGAUUUGCUGCUUGUUGUGUGCUUUAUAAUAUGUCAGUACUCUGUAUAGGCUGUGGGAGAGAGCGUGGUUAGUAUAAUUUGUUAGUAUUUUGAGGUCGAGAGUUCUGGUGUUGCUUGAAGGAAAAGGGACCUGUCUGGUAUUCUGUUACACAACGCAUUAUGCACACGGGCUUUUAUGUUCCCUGCUGAACUGUUUACUGUAUUCAUCUUCUACAGUUCACUAUGGAGCCCAGGUUUUUCUGCUUUCAAAAUUCCCAGUAUGUUCUGACAAAUAUGCCUGGCAUGUAAACAAAUGUGACAAAAGCAUAUUUGUUGACCUUUUUUUUAAGCUUCUUUCCCCAUGGAAUUAAUUGCAACAUUUAAAACUUUUGCUUCUGCUUCUACGAGUAGUUCUGACUUAUGCACUUUAUGUGGCCUGAGCUUCGUAGCAUGCCUCCGGAAGAGAUGAAGAGGUUCUGUUACUAUCAGGACUGACAAUGUGUGUCAAUAUAGAAGCUUCAUUUCCUCAGGUUAAGAGCUCUGCUUUUAAGAAUUCAUCAUAAACAUCUGCGUAUUCUUAAUUGGGAGGAAAUAUUACAUCUGCCCCAGAUGAUGUUUUCUCUCCUUUCAUCAAACUCAUGAGGUCAGGAAAUGAAGGUUUGCCAUGAACAUAAUCUUAAAAUUGCCAUGGUAGUUUAAAUGGGAGUUUUCACAUCCUACAUGUUUUGUCAUGCCUGUGUGGAUUGUAAGAACCCAUUCCAGUAAUUUUAAAUUAUACAUAUUUCAUAGCUCUGUAUAUGAUGUUAUUAUACGUAAAAUUGGUUUGUUAAUCUAAUUAUACACUAUUGAAUAAAUGCUGCCAUUUGUUUAUGAAAUUUGAUCAGCAAAAAUGUGUCUUCUAAAGCAGCUCCAUUUGUGGUGGAAGUUGAGAAAGUUACACUGGCAAUGGGACUGCGCAAAGGUAUCCAAAUAAACUAAUCAAUGGAA